UCGAAUCCAUAAUUAGUAGACCCCAAAAAUCUUUUAAAAAAUAUUAAACUUUCUUGCAGCCUCAAUCUCCUAUAAAUUCUCCCACACGGUUCCGGUGGAUUCGGUUCGAUCCAAAGACACAGAAAAAGACCGAUCCAUGGAUCACUCGACCUCCUCCGGCGACGACAAGCUUUUCGUCGAGCAUUGUAAGGGCGUCAACGGCCUCGAGAGAGUCAUUUUACGCGAGGUCCGUGGUUCAUCUGCUGAGGUAUAUCUCUAUGGAGGACAAGUAACAUCUUGGAAGAAUGAAUAUGGGGAAGAACUGCUUUUUGUUAGUAGCAAGGCUACUUUUAAACUUCCAAAGGCUAUUCGUGGAGGCAUUCCAAUCUGCUUUCCUCAAUUUGGAAACCAUGGCUCUCUUGAGCAACAUGGAUUUGUGAGGAACAGGAUGUGGAGCAUUGAUCAUGAUCCUCCACCAUUUCCUACAAGUACCGCGAACAGGGCCUUUAUUGAUUUAAUCCUUAAGCACUCUGAAGAGGAUGUGAAAAUUUGGCCUCACAGAUAUGAGUUUCGCCUAAGGAUAACUCUUGGACCUGGAGGAGAUUUGAUGUUGACUUCUCGCAUUCGAAAUACAAAUACUAAUGGAAAAUCAUUUGCGUUUACAUUUGCAUAUCACACCUACUUUGCUGUUUCAGAUAUCAGUGAAGUGCGGGUAGAAGGAUUAGAGACACUGGAUUAUCUGGACAACUUGAAGGGUAAAGAGCGAUUUACUGAACAAGGGGAUGCAAUAACUUUUGAAUCAGAAGUAGACAAGAUAUAUCUGAGUACACCUACAAAAAUUGCUAUUCUGGACCAUGAGAGAAAGCGUACAUUUGUAUUGCGAAAGGAUGGACUUCCAGAUGCUGUCGUCUGGAACCCAUGGGAUAAGAAAGCAAAGGCAAUGACUGAUUUUGGUGAUGAAGAGUAUAAGCAUAUGCUGUGUGUAGAGGCUGCGUGUGUUGAAAAGCCAAUUGUGCUGAAACCUGGUGAAGAGUGGAAAGGCCGACAGGAGAUCUCUACCGUUCCUUCUAGUUACUGUAGCGGCCAACUUGAUCCACAAAAAGUACUCCUAAGUGAUUAGAGUAUGGGAGUCUUUAUGGCGCAUUCCACCUCACAGGUACUUGUUUGGCAUUGUGCAUCUUGUUGCAGUCAGCGGAUUCUUGCCAGGUUUUUUUUCAAGGCAGAGUUCCAAGGGAAGGUGCAAAAAGAGGCAUUCAAGAAAGAGGUCUUUAAGUAUGUUGUAAAUGUUUUGGCCUUCUGCCGGCUGAAGAAGGAAACGAAGAUGAGAAGAUUUAUAAGCAUUUAGGUUUCAUUUUUUCAAAUGAUUUGAAUUGAAAUUGUUGCCUUUGGUUUAGAAAAUUUCCUGUCUAUUUUUUUGUUCUUUGUGAAAUGGUGGGAAUUUUACCUCUGGUGAUGCACAUAGACAUGAGAAAAAAAAAAAAAAAAUUAUGAUUCUGAUCCUGUAUGUAAUUAGAAAUUCCAAUCUGUAUUUCAGCUAAAAUUGUGUUAAUUGUUGUUUUGCUGGAUUUCUUUCUUUCAA